GAGAAAAUUGGAUCUUGUUAUGCAAAUACUCCUAACUAUAAGUGAAACUUCUCUUGACCAGGAUGGACGGUCCAGCGGUGUUGUCGAUGCCACCGUUGACCGGAAGUCAAAAAUCCAGCGGACAAUCGUCGCAAUCGCAAUCACAUUCAAAGCCAAAUCAAGAGUUGCAGGUUGGUACCGUAUCGCUUUAUGGGAUUCACAUCGUUUCAUUGGUCAUCGAAGGACAGGAAAGGCUUUGCCUAGCACAAAUUAGUAAUACCUUGUUGAAGCAAUUCAGCUACAACGAAAUCCAUAAUCGUCGUGUAGCGUUGGGUAUUACGUGCGUACAAUGUACACCGGUUCAGUUAGAGAUACUGCGUCGUGCUGGUGCAAUGCCGGUGUCCUCGAGAAGAUGCGGAAUGAUAACUCGGAGGGAAGCCGAAAGGCUUUGUAAAUCUUUUCUCGGUGAUAACGCACCACCCAGGUUACCGGAAGAUUUCGCAUUCUCUGUUCACCACGAGUGUGCCUGGGGUUGCCGUGGUGCAUUCCUGCCGGCACGUUAUAACAGUUCAAGGGCAAAGUGCAUCAAAUGCGCUUACUGCGGUCUCUUCUUUUCACCGAACAAAUUCAUCUUCCAUUCGCAUAGAAUCGGUCCGUCGGACAAAUACGUACAACCGGACGCGGCCAAUUUCAAUUCUUGGCGCAGGCAUAUGAAAUUAUCUGGUAAUCCGCCAGACGAAGUGGUACACGCUUGGGAAGACGUUAAGGCAAUGUUCAAUGGCGGCACAAGAAAGAGAUUAUUGAGUAAUCCAAAUGCAAGGGAAUCACCUAGCCCGGCUAAACAAUCAAGAUCAUCGCCGACCAUGCCGGUUUCCACUCUCGUAUCAUCGCCGACGCAUCCAAGAGUACCACCAUUUCCGGAAUUACCAUUACCAUUGUCCAGGAGUCUCGUUAUGGAUUACGUUUGGCAUCAACAUCAACAGGCAGCUGCCGUGGCUGUAGCCAAAAGUCCGGGAUUUGCAUUUCCACCUUACGCAUUACCUUGGCUUGCCAAAAGAAGCCCGGUCCUAUUUCCAGGACCAAUGGCACCACCGAUAAGUGGUUCCAGCCCGACCGAACCUCAGCUUUUACCAACGAUGAAUCCUCCGUUACAUCAGUCCGCAUUUCGACCAGUGAUUCGUGGUCCACCAAUCGGUGAACAAGCACUCGCUUCGCUUCAAGAAACGUCUCAGGAUGGCAAUUCCAAUGGCAAAGAGGAAAACUCAGACGACGAGGUCGACAUAGAAACGACCGAGGACGAUCCAGGGACGCCACUUAACGCUACCCUUCACAAUCUUCAUUCAGCUACGAAUUCUGGUAUCGCUAGUCAUUCCACUGGUAGAAACGUAUCUCCUCAAUGUUGGAGUCCACCUCGGGAAACGGAACGAGAAGCAGAAAAAAUAGCGGAAGAAAGUGCAUCCCUGCGUGACAUCAAAGCCGAGCCAAUAGUAUCAAGAAAUCCUGAAACAUGGAACGGCGGAUCAUUUUAUCGGCACUUAAAUAUACUCAAGGGAAACGAAUCGACGGAGAGAGCUACAUCCGAUUGUUCGGCCUGUCGUCCACGUGGAAUAUUUUACGGACAGAUGCAUAGUCCAUCAGCACCGACAAAUUAAAUCGAGGCUCGAUUUAAAGAAGAAGAAGAA